UUUCUUCAGGCAGAAAACCACAGUCUGCUGGUUUACAGUCUGCUGCCCUGUGAUUGGCUGAGGCUUGCUCUUCCUCUGACUGACUUCCUCCCAGGAAGACGCUCGCUCGCUGGCUGCCUGUUGAGAAACGGCAGCAUGACGACGACCUGAGGGCCCAGCGCCGUCAAAUUUGGACCAGAGCCCUGCUGUUGGGUUUGAAUUAUGACCCAUCUAGAACCCGGCUGUAGAACCGGCGGAGUCGCUGCGCCUUGAACCGAGCCCAUCCGGUCUGGACCAUGAGUGGGAGUGGAACUCCCCCUGAGGGCCUCGAGGGCCCGGUUCAGCCCGGUCCGUACCGCAGGCACCUCUACAGGAAACCCUGGAAGGUGUUUGAGCCUGGUUCUGAGCAGCCAUUGGACCGAUACCAGUGGAGAACAUCUGAAGACCAGAACCUGGAACGCCCUCAGCUGUUCGGCCUGCUCAAAACCAGCACUCUGCCCCGGCGUCGGAACCAGAACCAGGAUCCGGACAAGCAUGGAUCUCUGCGCAGAAUCAUUCCCUUCUUCCGGUCCAUGUCAGAACCUGGUGCCGCCGGCGGCUCGGACAGAACGCCGCUCAGGAACGCCGAGCGCAGAGCGCCAUCCGUCAGCAGCUUCAUCAGUACGCUGUCCCGCCGGAUUGGCCGGGUUCUGAGAGACGAGCCGGAACCAGAGUCCGAUGUGAAGGGCCCGCCGGCCCACCGUUUCUCGUGCGGUCAGAGCCCGUACUCGGACGGCGCCGCCUGGGAGCGGAGGUUCUGCAUCCUGACAGACAGCCAGCUCAUCCUGCUCAACAAGGACGAGGAGGCCGCGGACCCCCAGGACGCCCCGGCCGACCCCUCCAGGGCCCGGAGCCUCCGCCGCACCGUCAGCGUCCCCUCAGAGGGACAGUUCCCAGAGUUCCAGCCAGAGGGCGCUGCCAUGCUGGAAGUGUCUUCGGAGCGUUCUCCGAGGAGGAGGAGCAUUUCCGGUUUGGGCAGCUCAGAGAAGAACCUCGCGGUCGACAAUCCCAACUCUUCUCCUUUCAAAGUGCCGAACUUCUUCAGCAAACGUCUGAAAGGCUCCAUCAAGAGAACCAAGAGCCAGACCAAACUGGACCGGAACACCAGCUUCAGACUGCCGUCGCUGCGGCCCGCCGACCCGGACAGGGCCCGCGGGCUGCCCCGGCUGAAGGAGGCGGUUUCCCAUGAGUCCUUGCUGAGCCCCAGCAGCGCCGAGGCUCUGGACCUCAGCAUGGAGGAGGACGUGUUCAUCAAGCCUCUGCACAGCAGCGUCCUGGGCCAGGAGUUCUGCUUCGAGGUGACCUACGCCGGAGGCAGCAAGUGCUUCAGCUGCACCUCGGCCUCGGAGCGCGACAAGUGGAUGGAGAACCUGAGGAGAACCGUCCAGCCCAACAAGGACAACUGCCGGCGGGCGGAGAACCUGCUGCGGCUGUGGAUCAUCGAGGCCAAAGACCUGGCGCCGAAGAAGCGGUACUUCUGCGAGCUGUGCCUGGACGACGUCCUGUACGCCCGGACCACCAGCAAGGCCCGGUUGGACAGCCUGUUCUGGGGCGAGCACUUCGACUUCUGCAGCCUGCCUGCCGUGCGCAGCAUCACCGUGCACAUCUACCGCGACGGCGACAAGAAGAAGAAGAAGGACAAGAACAACUACGUGGGGCUGGUGAACAUCCCGGUGGCCGGCGUGACGGGCCGGCAGUUCGUGGAGAAGUGGUACCCGGUCAGCACGCCGACCGCCAGCAAGGCCAAGGGCGGCGGCCCGUCCAUCCGGAUCAAGUCCCGCUUCCAGACCAUCUCCAUCCUGCCCAUGGAGCAGUACAAGGAGUUUGCCGAGUUCGUCACCAACAACUACGGCAUGCUGUGCUCCGUGCUGGAACCCGUCAUCAGCGUCCGCAACAAGGAGGAGAUGGCGUGCGCCCUGGUGCACAUCCUGCAGAGCACGGGCCGGGCCAAGGACUUCCUGACCGACCUGGUGAUGUCAGAGGUGGACCGCUGCGCCGACCACGACGUCCUGAUCUUCAGGGAGAACACGCUGGCCACCAAGGCCAUCGAGGAGUACCUGAAGCUGGUGGGCCAGAAGUACCUCCACGACGCUUUGGGGGAGUUCAUCAAGGCUCUGUACGAGUCGGACGAGAACUGCGAGGUGGACCCGAGCCGAUGUUCCGGCAGCGACCUGUCGGACCAUCAGAGCAACCUGAAGAUGUGCUGCGAGCUCGCCUUCUGCAAGAUCAUCAACUCCUACUGCGUUUUCCCUCGGGAGCUGAAGGAAGUGUUUGCGUCGUGGAAGCAGCAGUGUGUGGCGCGCGGCCAUCCUCAUGACAUCAGCAAGCGUCUGAUCAGCGCCUCGCUCUUCCUGCGCUUCCUGUGUCCCGCCAUCAUGUCGCCGUCGCUCUUCAACCUGAUGCAGGAGUAUCCCGACGACCGGACCUCCAGGACGCUCACGCUCAUCGCCAAGGUCAUCCAGAACCUCGCCAACUUCACCAACAGGUUCGGGAACAAGGAGGAGUACAUGGCCUUCAUGAACGACUUCCUGGAGCACGAGUGGGCCGGGAUGAUGCGUUUCCUGUCGGAGAUCUCCAACCCGGAGACUCUGUCCAACACGCCGGGCUUCGAGGGCUACAUCGACCUGGGCCGCGAGCUGUCGGUGCUGCACGCCCUGCUGUGGGAGGUCGUCUCCCAGCUCGACAAGGGUGAAAAUUCAUUCCUGCAGGCCACCGUAGCUAAGCUGGGCCCGCUGCCGAGGAUUCUGGGAGACAUCUCCCGCUGUCUGUCGGCGCCCACGCCCGUCCAGCAACAGCUGAGGCGUUUCCAGGACAACAGCCCCGCCCACAACGCCAGCGGCAGCGUGUCGUCAGGACUGCAGCGCAUCUUUGAGGACCCGGCCGACAGCCGCAGCCUUCAGUCUUCGGUCGGUGAGCAGGCCGAGGCUUACGGUCGCAGCCAGCGCCCCCUGCUGGCUCAGCAGCAUCCCUCUGCCCACACCGGCUUCUCGGAUCAGGAGGAGCGGGACGGCCCGCUGCCCAACGGCCGCAGCGUCUCUCUGGUGGACCUCCAGGACUCUCAGAGCCUUCAUGACCCCAAAGGGCCCCCAGCGCCCCACGAGGCCCCUCCCCGCCUCAGCAGGGUAGGCUCUCAGGCCUCUGUAGGCCACGCCCCGCCCCCAGUGACUUACCCCCACUCCAAUCCGGUGACCCCUCAGCCGGUGACGCACCAAUCCAAAGCCCCGCCCAGAGACGGCCAGCCGCAGAGCGCGCCGCAGGUGAGACGUCCGCUGCCGCCGUCGCUCGGCCAGCAGCGCAGCCUGCAGCCGCUGUCCUUCCAGAACCCCGUCUACCACCUGAGCAACGCCGCCCACAGCCUGUCCACUCGCUCCGCCCACUCCCUGCACGACUCCAGCUCCGACAACCUGAGCACCGAGAGCUCGCACAACAGCCACAGCAACUCGGACGACUUCGGCAGCCAGGUGGGGGGCAAAGGUCGCGUGGCGUCCAACAGCAGCCUGGACGAGGUCGGCAGCAGGCGGAGCACCCAGAGCGAAGAGUGCUCCACCCCACGCCGCCACCCGCCGCCCGACCUGCCGCUGGGCGCCGCCACCGCUGUCGCUGUCGCCAUCCCCCGCCAGACUGCCAUGGCGGGCACCGCCCACAUCGUCAAGGUCGAACAGCAGAGCCGCGGAGGGGGCGGGGCCAGGACGCCGCGCUCUCAGCCUCAGAGCGCUUCGCUGCGAAGCAGCAGCAGCGCCAACACCGAGCCGACGCCCUCCACCCGCCAGCCGUCCACCAGCGCCAUGGAGAACCUGACUCCGCCCUCCAGGAGUGCCGCCAAGCAGUCGCCUCAGGUGGGAGCGCCAGUGGAGGCGGCGGCCAUGUCUCCGGUGGAGAGAACGGCGGCGUGGGUCCUGAACAACGGCCAGUAUGAGGAGGAGGAGGGAGGAGAGCGGAGCAGGGAGGAAGGCCGGAACACGGAGAAGUACGAGCUGGAGAUCUCCCGGCUGAAGGAGCGUCUGCGCGUGUCGGGUCGCCGUCUGGAGGAGUACGAGCGGCGGCUGCUGGCUCAGGAGCAGCAGAUGCAGAAGCUCCUGCUGGAAUAUAAGAACCGCCUGGAGGACAGCGAGGAGCGUCUGCGGAGGCAGCAGGAGGAGAAGGACUCCCAGAUGAAGAGCAUCAUCUGCAGGCUGAUGGCGGUGGAGGAGGAGCUGAAGAGGGACCACGCAGAGAUGCAGGCGGUGAUCGAAGCCAAGCAGAAGAUCAUCGACGCUCAGGUCAGUAACGGAAGUGAAAUAAACCAACCAGGAGAAGCGGAUCGACUCCCUGGACGCGGCGAACUCUCGGCUGAUGGCGGCGCUGACGCAGGUGAAGGAGCGUUACAGCGCGCCCAGCGUCCGCAACGGCCUGUCGCCGAGCAACCCCACCAAGCUGUCCAUCACUGAGAACGGAGAGUUCAAGAACAGCAGCUGCUGAUUGGCCCACGCGGAUCCAGAGGCGGAGCAUGCGAUUGACUCCGCCCACCUCUCUGUGACACGCUGUGGACGUUUAAAGAGACAGAACCGAUUUCUGGUGUAAAUACUGAAGGCUAAGCUGAUUGUUGUACAGAGAGAGUGUGUGUGUGUGUGGGUGUGUGUGGGGGUGUGUGUGUGUGUUUGGAGGUUCGUUUGCAGCGCCACAGAAGCACAGUGAGAAAGAAACGAACCAAAAACACAAUCUGAACGUUUUCUAACCGACUUUUUUAUGGUUUUUAUUUUGAAGCUUCUAGUUUUUGUUGUCAAGUUUGAAGCUUUGAUUUUUUUCUUUUCCUGAUUUAAUGUUUCUGACUGAAUUUAGUUUUUUACCUGACGAGUUGUUGUGGGUUUUAAUUUAUUCCUCCUUGUUCUCGUCCCGUUGCUGAUCUACUGAACAGACCUCUGAAGGACCAGGGUCAAAGGUCACACCUGUCUGCUGUCCCAUGUUGAGAAUAAAACUGUCUGAAAGCAUC